AUGCACAUGCAGUCUAUCCUUGAAGAACUGGAGCCACUUUAUCUUGGAACGAUCAACAACCCAGCUAGCUCUUGUAGUGAUAUCCCUCAAGACCGACCAUCUGGAGAAUAUUGGAUUGCCACUGACAGUACUAGCUCUCCUGUUCAGGUCUACUGUGACAUGAAUCGAACAAGCUGUAGCUGCAACACUACAGGAGGAUGGAUGAGGGUAGCCAACCUUGACAUGACCGAUCCCAACCAAAACUGCCCAGAGGGAUUGAGACUGGUAACCAGGACAGAACCACCACUGCAUACUUGUGGUCGAGUAGAAGAACCAGGAUGUACUUCCACUACCUAUUCAACUACUCCGGAUGCUUUUAAUCCAUAUUUCGACAACAUACUUUUAUCUAUUGAUGAUGUUUACGUUGAUGGUGUGAGCCUAACCCAUGGUCAGUCGCCUCGUCAGCACAUCUGGACAUUUGCUGGUGCACAUGAUGAAACUGUUUCCAAUGGACGGGGAUGUCCCUGCACACGACCUGACCUCCCCUACACUGGAGUUGUACCUCCCUUCAUUGGUCAAAACUACUUCUGUGAAACUGCAAGCCAACAAGGAAUGGGGUAAAUUACCUUCUAUUCUGAUGAUCCACUCUGGGAUGGUCAGGGAUGCGGGGGUACCAGUACUUGCUGUGAGUUCAACCAUCCACCGUGGUUCUGCAAGCAACUCCCUCAACCAACUACAGAUGAUAUCGAGUUGAGGAUUUGUGGUAAUGAGAGCAUUGGUAAUGAAGACACACCCAUUGAGAUAGUUGAUAUGUACGUUCGUUGAAACACACGCUCAAGACAAUUAAAUGCAAAUAGACAGUAUUAGAGCCGA